AUGGACAACCCAGUCGCCACAAACCAUGUCCUUAACGGAUCCAUGGAUGUGCCGGAGCUCACCGGAAAUACCCGAAAUCUCAGCGCCGACGCGGCACGAUUGGUUUUCUUCGUGAAGCACAUGGAGCUGAUCGGCAUACCACUGAUUGUGACGAUUGGUUUGACGGGAAACGUCUUAUCCGCCUUCAUUUUCCUCAGGCAAAAACUACGGAAGUUGUCUUGUUCUCUGUACCUGGCGGCCCGGGCGAUAUCGGAUACCGGAUUUCUGCUCUGCAUUUUCGUCCUGUGGCUGCAACACUUGCGGGUUCCGCUGAUACACACGCAAGGCGUCUGCCAAGUGGAGAUUUUCCUGAGUUAUCUUUGCGGUUUUUUGUCCGUUUGGUUCAUCGUCUGGGUGACUGUGGAGAAUUAUUACCGAAUCUGUCACCCCUUCAAAGUGUCCGCAUUCUGUACCGUGAAAAAAGCAAUGUUCAUGAUUAUGCUGACUUCCCUGAUUGGAUGUAUGAUAUAUAGUUUUUCUACUUGGACCAACGGAAUCAUUAUCAAAAAUGAAAAGUCCUACUGUUUUAUGAUACAGCGCUUUGAAAUCAUCAACACAGCGCUGACUUACGUGGAUUGUUUAAUCACCUUAGCCAUACCAUCCGCCAUCAUUUUGUUGAUCACUGGACGGAUCAUUUACAGCAUUAUGAAAACUUACCGAAAGAGAGGUGCGGACAUGCGUAAAGGAAGCGGGCAAUUGCAAACAAAAGUAACCAGGAUGUUGUUUUGGGUUUCUUUCACGUUUCUCGUUCUAAAUAUUCCCAGUCACAUCGUCAGACUGCGAGCGGUCGUCGAAUUAAUGACCAAACAGACGACAGACUCGUCCCCAACCAUUUACCUGAUCCAACAUGUUUUACAGAUGAUAUAUUACCUCAGCUUUGCUGUGAAUUUCUUCAUUUACAUUUCACUCGGACCAUCAUUCCGAAACACUUUCCUUGAAAUAUUCUGCAAGCCGUGCCUUCUGAAUUCGAAAUCGAAAGGUUGCAGAAUGGAAAUGAAAACUGAAGGCGUGUCGAUGGAAAAUACAGCGGAGAAUCUAUUGAGCGAGGAGUGCUAAAAAAACAUGAGCUCAGGAAAUUAAAAUUCCGUCAAGGACCGGUCUUGUCCCGUUCUAUUGCCGUGUUAUUAUAUGACGUAAAACAGUUAGAAUUACUAGCCAUCAGUGUUUUCAAAGUAUAUGCCUUUUAUUGGAUUCUGGGGUCUGGUAAUUUGUCCAUUGGGCUAGUUUUUAACGCACAGGAUUAAGUGGUAGAGGACAAAACAACGCCAUAAUGUCAGAAUUUUACUACUGCGACGAUUUG